ACAUACAAGGCGAAUGUGACCAUGUACGAGCGUGACGGAUACAUUGGAACCAGAGCACCACGAUUUCCCAGCCAACCUAGAUUGCUCCUACUGAGCAGCAAAUUGGACCCGAAGAUGCCGAACAAGUAUGCUGAGAUCCUCGUCGACGUACUCGACGGUGCUAACACGGAGUUGGUGAAAUUCAACUACUCCACGCAAGAGUCUUUCAAAGACUCUCUUCUCGUCGACAACGAUUAUAACAGUGAGACGUGUGGAAUGAGAAUUCUUGUGUCGUACGUCAGCGGCGGCGGAGAUUUGGAGCUCCUGGACAAGUCGUGUCUGCAAGAAAUGCUGUCACUCAAUUUGACCACGCCGAUAAACCUUCAGCAUUUUUACCUCGCUACGGACGAUGCCUACGACGGAGCGUAUGAUGCUAGUCUGAAAUGA